UCAGUUCAACCUUUAUUUACAUUUGUAAUUUGUUGUUCUCUCUCUUUCGGCUCUUUGGAAAACAUGAUUUUUUAAGACCACAUUCACAGACGUCGCAUAACUGAUCCAAUAAAAUAUAAAUUGGAGCAUAUAAAACGGAUUCUGUGACAAAACAAUGAUUUCCAAUGAGUUGGAAUGCGACAAGUUAAAUAAAUUUAAUAAUAUUUUACAUCGUUCGUCGCUGAGGGGACUAAAGAAAUGUGGUUCGUGUGGUUCUAUUAGUGGUCAGCGAGCGCUUAUAUGUCGUAAUACAGAGUGUGAUUUGCGUAAAUGUAUGUUGGCUUCCAUCAAACCGUUUGAUCCAAUUCAGCUGGUCACACACAACGAUGUCCGACUCUUCUCGGUGAGGACUAAAGAGAAGAUAGUUAACGUGCGAAACUUCGUGGCUAUCAGUCAGUCGCCCUCAACUGGUAUAUUUUCACGGAAGGCUACCUGUUAUGUGGAUGGCUGUAAGAAUGAGGCCCCAACUGAUUUCCACUGCCAGCAUAUCAAGGCCAUUUAUUCGGUCGAUACUGAUUUCCAAUUGGCUGAGGUAUAUCAAUUGGACAAGAAUGUUUUGUGGAAUUUAAACGUUAGUGAAGAGCAAAAAACUAAGCUAUGGGACUCGUAUUGCCGCGGAGAAAAUGAAGAAAACAUACCACCAAUACAACGCUUAAACGGUCAAACUUUUGCCGUUACAUCUUUGAAUUCAAACAAUUUUCUAGCGGGACGCUUACAUGUGACAGUUUGUUCCGAUGCCGUGACCAAUAAGAAAGGUUUCUACUUGUGUGCCUGUAAAAAACUUAAAAUCGUUGUUGAACCCGACAAUUCUGUUACCAUGAAAAAGGAAAUCUGUGAUCAUCUCUUGUUACUGCUUGCUGCCAUUCUCAAUCGGCCAGACAAGUCUAUGUAUAGUGCCUUUCUUGAUGCCCUGCAACACCUAUGGAUGCCAACCACAUUGAACCCACCGGUUGACUCAAGUUCUUCUCCGCUUACUGAUUUCGACAUGCCCAUGAUUGAUUGUGACGAUAAAAAUGAGGUCAAUCCAAUUGGAAAAUCCAACAACAGCAACACGGAAGACUUUUUUAAUUUCAACGAAGAUCUAUUUGCCGAAAACCAUUCUGAUGUUAAUCAAAUUGAAUGUAAUUGGAUAGAAAUUCCCAACGGAAAUUCGACCAUUCCUGAUUUUUCCGACAUGCUUUCUGACAUGGAAACAGAAGCGAAAAAAACCUCAACAUCAUGUAUGCAACAACAAUACCUGCCAAUAGUCUCCACAUCAGAUCCUCACUUCAAUUCCAACAAUAGUGUUGAAGAUUUCGAUAUAAAUUUUCCUCACAUUAAACAAAACAGAAUUGCUGAUUCGGUAACAAGUCGCUCCACCAUUUCACCAAAUUCCAACUUCAAUGUUGUCGGACAAUUUCAAUUGAGCAAUGACAUUCGACUAUCAUGUGAUAAUAUAGCUUUAGCCCAGGAAAUUGAAAGUCUAAACAAUAUGGAAUCGCAAGCCCAAGAAUCAUGUUUAGACACAACCCAGUUGAAUGGCAUUGAACAAAUCAAAAAAGAACCCAACACCCCAACGGUCAAUGAUUUACAAAAGACCACCACAAAUUUUGUAGGAAAUACCUCAAAUUCGGUAAUCAUCAAGCCAAAGUGUAAACCAGUUUUUCUCAACAAAUCCGUCAUCGUUAAACAGAGUCCCGUUAAAAUCAUUAAAAUCACAAAACCCGGUGUUAUACAAAAACUGCCAACAAUUGAUAAGAAAUUUGUACAAAUCUCCAAAAUAGAUUCUAGCAAAAUAAUAGUACUUAAUACAAAAAGUUCACAAAAACCAAUCAAUAUUCAACCCAUAAGUAAUGUAACUGUCACAUCGACAGUACCAUCACCGCCUCUAAUGGAUGCAUCACAGCCAUCGAGUAUGGCACCAGCAUUGUCUUAUGAAUCGUGGUUGGACCAUAUAAUAGAAAUAUUAAAUGACAGUAUUAUAUUACAAGACUCCAAUAAUAUUAAGCAUACAUUCCAUGUUCACGAGGAUAUGUUCUCACAUUUCAGUAAAACUUUUGGUUUCAAUAACAAACCCAGACUGCCCAGUUUUACUCAAGUAUUAACCAGCGGCAAACAUAAAGGUCUCAUUAAAUAUGGAUGGUAUUUCAAUCAAGCAGCGGCCGUUAAAAGAAUAUUUUCAACCAAAAAUUCCAAAUUGGAAUUGCAACGACCAACGGAACCACUUAAAGAUGGAAAUUUUGUGCCAUUCUUUUCUAAAAUCUCUAGCCAAAUAACUGUUACCAAAUGUCGUCCAAAAGAGCCGGAGCAAAGAGUUUUUCUCAAGUUCUCGAAUGCCCCUGAAACUGCUUCGGAUACAUAUGAGAAUGACAAAUCCGGUUUAAAACUAGAAUGGCUUCCUUCCGCCUUUCCCAGAAGUCAUUUUGGCCUUAUGACCAUUGAGUUUUGUGUUUACACAUACAGCAAAAAUGGUUCUAUAUACGGUAACCUCUGAAAUUUGUGCAAUAAAGUUUUUUUCUUGUUUUAUUAGAAUGCCUAUGUGUUUUCUUUAAGCAUUUACAACAAUACAAAUAAAACAAGUGCCAGUAUAA